AGACGGUAGCUUUCGUCAACCGCACCAACCGGUGCUUGUACUUAUAUCACGCAUCGUGCGCACGAUGGAUCCCGCCACUACCAAAGUCAUCCUUGGGCUCCAUCGCGAGGACUUGAACGCCGCCCUUCAGAGCCUGUCCAAGACCAGCCCUGACGACCGCGAAGGGGUCGCUUUCGCCGCGUUUCGCGAUGAGCUAAUGAGAGGAUGGAACAAGUUACACGACGCAGUCUUUACACUCAUCAUCGUUCGAGAGGACAACGCUGUCCGAGAAGCUUUCACUCAACACUCGAGUGAGGCGCAGCAGGCUGAUCGCAACUACGAGAUGGCUUGCAGACUUGUAGGUCUGCCGGUACCUCAACGCCCUGUGGUGUCGAACGAUCACAAGGCACACGGAAUCGCAAUAGACAAGCAGUUCGAAGGGGUGAACGGCAUGACGCCCGCUCAAAAACCUCUCCGCUUCAAGUCCGUUGGGACCCAGUCCGCACCUACCAAGACCAAGCCCCCUGCCGGGAACAGCUGGUGGCCCGCCUUGUCACUGAACAGCUUCAAGCGUGCGCGCGUUGAAGAUGCGGAUGAUGAAGACAAGAACUCAUUUACACCACACGCACAUGGAUCUACAGUCAGAAAACGGUACGCCUACAUUGAGCCAGCAGCACUUCGGGAAGAAAAUGACGGGCGAACCAAGCGAACCAAGCUUGAAUUACAGGCAAGCACAACUCCCAUCGAUGCAACCGUCAGUGUCGCCUCGUCCGACGCAAUCAACAAGGAAGGUCAUGGCUUGCCUGCAGCGGGAUCCGGAGCCAUCUUGUCCCGCAGAUGUUCUGCGUGCUUAGAUAUGUAUCCCAUCCGAAACACGAUCCAACUUCAAUGCAAGAACGCUGGCGAUGCUGAGGCUCAUGCAUACUGCCGCGACUGUCUCAUCCACCUUUUCGAAGCUUGCAUCACAGAUUCUUCGCAAUUCCCACCGCGAUGCUGUAAUCAGAUCUUGCCAGUUUUCGCGUGCAUUCCCUUUUUGCCGCCCACGCUCUUCGCUCGAUUUGUGGCCAGAAGAGAAGAACUGGAGACGCCAAACCGAACGUACUGCAGUAACGCUCUCUGCUCGGAAUGGAUCAGACCUGUCAACAUCGUAGCAAACGUCGCGACAUGCCCAACAUGCAUCCAGACAACCUGCGAGACUUGCAAACGUGGUCAACAUGAAGGUCUCUGUCAAGACGAUAUGGAUGUGAAGAAGCUUAUGGACGUGGCCAAGGAGAAGCAAUGGCAGACUUGCCCUAAUUGCAACGAGAUGGUAGAGCUAAAGGGUGGCUGUUAUCACAUCACAUGCCGCUGCGGACAUCACUUCUGCUACCGUUGUCAGGCAAGGUGGCGUACAUGUAAUUGCGGGAAGAAUGCGCGCUACCUUGCGAAUAUACCAGUACCCGCCAACAUUGCCGCUCCAAACGUCGUCAAUCCUGCGAACAUCGUACAGCCCGCGCCACCAUUCUUUGGUGCACCAGUACUGGCCAGCAAUGCUCCCAUUCACGUUGCAAACUCCGCUUACGUCGUACCUCCCGUUCCGCCGUUUGCCUUUGCACCAGCAGUCUAUGCUCCAGUGCCGAAUGCCCCGGCUUUUCAGCCUCAAUACCAAGCCCAAGUUCAGUUCCAACCCUUCGGUCAGCAUCCACAGCAACAACACCUGCCCCAGGCCGGCAACAAUGCGCAGGACUACGGUCACCUGGGCGACGACCACGAGUUCAGGCGAUUAUAUAAGAGUAAGGGCGUCGACACCAAAUGUGAUUACUGCGGGAACCAGGACCGCUGGGUCCAUGGCUGUAACUUUAAAGGAUGUCACCUGCGGGUUUGUUGGCUAUGCACGAAGCGUUACCAUCCCAAUUCCACUACUACCUGAACGCCACCGUAUACAUCUCGAGCGCAACACAUGUCAGGCCGAGAAUUUCAGUCAAUGUGUUGCUCAUAGAUAGGUCCUAUACUACUUGCGUAGAUAGGUAGCUAUAUGGACAUACAUGCAUGGCACUCUUCAAAAGCAUGUAUGCAGACUCAGU